GUCAGAUUUUUAUGAACGUUCGGGAUAAAUAAAGUAAUAAUUAAAGACCGCGUUGAACGGCAGCGUCGGUUCUUUUGAUGUAGUUUUAUUUUGAAGGGCGCACAUGGCGGCCCAGCCUCCGUCCUGCGGCCCCUUUGUUCCGCCGGUGGGUUGAGUCAGAGUGGGGGGGUCUCUGUCCCGCACACCCACCGCCAGCAGAAACCGACAGACUGAAAAAAACUGCGGGAGGGGCGAUUUCCAGGGCAAAGUCGCCCCGGUAAGCGUCAGCACCCGAAGCGCCUUCGGCAUCUCGUUCGGUUUUCUUCGGCUUCAGCUGUCAUUCCGGUAAAAAUGAGCCGGCGGGCUACAAGCUAAUCCUCCGGCGGAGUUCUCAGUGAGUCGGAGCGCUCUCCCCGCCAGCAUCCAUAUUUGCAUCCAGGGAGUGGCAGCCGCCGAAGCCGCCCUUCUGCCCGCCGAACACCUGGACGCCCCGGCGCCUUUUCCAGACGGGAUUUCACGCAGACGGGCAGACAAACAUGGAACCUGAAAGCCUCCACUUCCUCCUCUAGAGCCAGAUCCUCGAGCCUUCACCGCGUGGGCGGAGCUCUGAAGUGCCUCCGCCCCCUUCGUUACGCUGCAGAAUGAACAUGCUGAAGUCCAGCGGGCUGAAGAUCCCCGGCCGCGGGGCCAAACACUCCAGCCCGAUGGGAAGAUCCUCGGUGGGCGGGACGUCCAGCCCCGUGGCCCCUAAAGACGGUGCUCCACUCAAACCCGUCACGCCCACCAGGAUGUCGGAGGAGGGCGACGACGUUUUGGGCGACUACACCGUGGGCGAGCAGGUCUGGGUCAACGGGGUCAAAGCGGGAGUCAUCGCCUACCUCGGGGAGACCCAGUUCGCCCCGGGCCAGUGGGCCGGCGUGAUUCUGAACGACCUAGUUGGCAAGAACGACGGUUCAGUGGGCGGCGUGCGCUACUUUGAGUGCCAGCCCCUUCAGGGCAUCUUCACGCGGCCCUCCAAGCUCACCCGGCAGCCGGUCGGCGAGGGCAGCGACAGCCACUCCACAGACUCCGCCCAGAACCAGCAGAGCGGCGGUCAGCGGGUCGUGGUGCCGCUCAGAGAGGGCCUGCUCAACAGCGCCGUGAAAACCGGGAACGAGUCCGGGUCCAACCUGUCGGACAGCGGGUCGGUCAAGAAGAGCGGAGACAAGGAUCUGCGGAUCGGAGAUCGAGUUCUGGUCGGGGGCUCCAAGACGGGGGUCAUACGCUAUGUGGGAGAAACCGACUUUGCCAAAGGGGAAUGGUGCGGGGUGGAGCUGGACGAGCCUCUGGGGAAGAACGACGGCGCCGUGGCUGGUACAAGAUACUUCCAGUGCCUUCCCAAGUUCGGCCUUUUCGCUCCGAUCCACAAGGUGAUCCGCAUCGGCUUCCCCUCCACCAGCCCGGCCAAGGCCAAGAAGAGCAAGCGGGUGGCCAUGGGCGUGUCCUCCCUGGCCCACAGCCCCAGCAGCUCCUCCAUCAGUUCAGUCAGCUCGGUGGCCUCAUCUGUGGGUGGACGGCCGAGCCGCGCUGGACUGCUGACGGAGACGUCGUCCCGCUACGCCCGGAAGAUUUCCGGCACCACGGCGCUCCAGGAAGCCCUGAAGGAGAAGCAGCAGCACAUCGAGCAGCUCCUGGCUGAGAGGGACCUGGAGCGGGCCGAGGUUGCCAAGGCGACCAGCCACAUCUGCGAGGUGGAGAAAGAGCUGAGCGUGCUAAAGACGCAGCACAUGCAGUACGUCUCAGAGAACGAGCAGAUCAAAGCUGUUCUGGCGGGAACGCAGAAGGAGAAGCUGGAGCUGGCCAAUCAGCUGGAGGAGGAGAAGAGGAAAGUGGAGGACCUCCAGUUCAGGGUGGAGGAGGAAUCCAUCACCAAAGGAGACCUGGAGGACAGGCGCGGUCCGGCCGCAGCAUCCCCGCGGUUGGGUAAGACGCUCAAGCAAACCACAGUGGAGGAGCAGAGUCGCAUCAUGCAGCUGGAGGAGGAGCUCGGCCUCCGGAGAGCUGAGAUCCAGGAGCUGCAGGCGCAGCUCAGACGGCGCACCGAGGACGGACACGUGACCGCCGGGGCCGACGCCCAGCUGGAGCCCGGCCAGGGCGGAGAGGAGCACGCCACGGCGCUGGCGGCCAGCCGACAGGAGGCGGAGAGUCUGAAGGCCGUCGUGGAGAAACAGAACCUGGAGAUCAGUGAGAUGAAGAUGAGAGUCCAGCAGGCCACCAAGGAGAACGUGGAGAUGAUGGACAGCUGGAAGGCUAAGUUUGACACCUUAGUGAGCGACCACCAGAGGUCCCUGGAGGAGCUGAAGGCCUCGCUGAGCCUCGGUCCGGCCGCUCCAGACGGCGCCGAGCAGAACGCCCAGGAGCUGAGGAGCACCCUGGAGGGCCUGAGGAUGGAGCACCAGCUGGAGGUGGAGAACCUGAAAGCCAAACACAAGAUCGAAGCCGCCAUCCUCAUCAAGGAGCGCGAGGACCUCGGCGCUCGCCUGCAGGAGGCCAGGGACCAGCUGGGGAGGCCUGAGACGGACGCCGCAGAGAAGCUGCAGAAGGCGGAGAGGAGGCUGGCAGAGAUGGAGCAGCUGCAGGCGGAGCAGGACAGGAGCGCCGGGGAUCUGCGCGAGCGGCUGGAGCUGUCGGAGAAGAAGAUGACGGAUUACCAGGCCCUCCAGAAGGCUCAGGCGGAGAGCCGAGGAGAGAUCCAGAGGCUGGAAGAGAAGCUGAGGGUGACGGCGAACCAGCUGCAGGCUGCGCAGGCGGACCGCUACACGUCGCACGAUGCAAACGUGAUCGAGGACAACGAAAUCUCAGCAGAGAAGAUGAAGAUGAAGCAGAACAUCGAAGAGACGACAGAGAAGCUGCUGAAAAGAGAAAAAGAAGUUUCUACUCUGACUUCUCAGGUUGAAGCCCUCAAAUCCCAGAUUGGAGCUCUGGAAGGAAAAGUUCGACUGGGAGAGAAGAAGACCGAAGCGCUGGCCAAGGAGAAGCUGCGCGUGGAGGCGGAGCUGGAGUCCAUGACCAAGAAGUCCCAUGAUGCCUCUGGGCAGCUGGUCAGCAUCAGCCAGGAGCUGCUGAAGAAAGAGAAGAGCCUGAACGAACUCCGGGUUUUGCUCCUGGAGUCGCAUCGGCACUCGCGCGACAUGGAGAAAGACCUGAACAGGGAGGUGCACAAAGCCGAGUGGAAGAUCAAGGAGCAGAAACUUCAGGACGACAUCAAGACUCUGAGAGAAAAGCUGCUGGUUCUGGGUCGAGAGCGGGCCUCGCCGGAUCACCGGCGCCACUCCAUGCUGGAUCCGAUGGCUCUGGACUCUGAGGUGAACCGCCUGCGGCAGCGGCUGCUCAACACCGAGGACGCCCUGAGGAACGCCUUGGAGCACAACCAGCAGGUGGACCAGCUGGUCCAAGCCAUGCGCCGACGCCCGGAUAAAAGCCCGGUCCACGGAGCGAACUCUGCCAACGGGAUUCACCACCAGGACUCAGAAGACGGACAGCGCUGACGGAGGCCGGAGGAUCCGGAUCCAGACCGACGGAGGCGACGACGUUUCCACUUCAAACCAAAACCUCUGGAUCAAACGACGAGCUGUUGGAAGAUCGCUGAAAGUAAUAUAAAAAAGGGACGUGGAGAGAUAUUAUCGGUACACCUGCUGAAAACCUUUGAUGCUUUAUCGUAGUUAGGAACCCGCUCUGCAUCCCGGUCCGGAACCCCAACAGCUGGCUCCACAACACCGCGGCUUCCUUUGGUUUAUUUAUUACUCCCUUUCUACAAUCCGCUGUAUGUCUGCAUAAAACUCAUGAAAACUCUUGGAUUUUUCCGUUUCGUCCUGCUGCCGCCGGGAAUGGAAAGGUUUUUAUUUGAUUCAUUAAAAACAAGCAAAAAACCCUGAAAGCAUCCAGAACCGACGGGAGGAACCAGGAAGAGGAACCGCCAACAAACGGUGUGAUGAUGGAGAAACACUGUAAUCCUUUCAGUCAUUAAAGCUUUUAUAUGAAAGA